UUUCGAGAGUUCGAGAAUAAUUCCGAUGAUUUUCUCGAUACAUCGAAAUGAUUGGUGGACAUAAGUAGCUUCCUGCUCGCUUGUAUCUUGCACGAGGGAUGUUAAUAGGCAUUAUUUUACUCUUAUCGUAGAACUUUUUUUAAAUACAAUUUGUCAACGGAUUGAAUCACUUGGAAAGACUGAUAUUGUUAGUAUCGUGUAGUAAUUGUGAACACAAUAAGUUAGCGUAAUGGCAUUAAACCCCCAAUAUGAAGUUAUCGGAAAGGGUUUCGUACAACAGUAUUAUGCGAUGUUUGACGAUCCUGCUCAAAGACCAAAUUUAAUAAAUAUGUAUAAUACCGAGUCAUCUUUCAUGACAUUUGAGGGUUUGCAAAUACAAGGUGCUAUUAAAAUCAUGGAAAAACUAACUAGUUUAACAUUUCAAAAAAUAAAUCGGAUAAUAACUGCUAUUGAUUCACAACCAAUGUUUGAUGGUGGCGUACUCAUUAAUGUUUUAGGAAGGUUGCAGACUGAUGAGGAUCAGCCCCAUGCAUACAUCCAGACAUUUGUCCUGAAGCCAAUUGGUACCAGCUUUUACGUGCAGCAUGACAUCUUCAGACUUGCUCUGCAUAACACGGUUUAGGCGUCAGGUAUUACUAUUCCAUUGAUCUUCGUAUCAUGGUACAGGCAAGCUUGAUACUAAUUCUUAGUGUCUAAAGCUGCUUAAUGUUUGUCAAUAUGCUUUUUUAUUAUUAAUUCUAAUUUUAUUAUAUAUUAUUUGCAAUAUUGCUUUUAUGUUUGCUGUAAUUUAAGAUUUAAAAAAAAUAAUUUUUGCACUUACUAAUAUUAUUAUAUAAUAAUUUGACAAACAUGGAAACUUAAAGUAAUUUUGUAAUAUAAUGGAAAUAUUUACUGCAUUUUAAAGUUUAUUAUUAUAUUAUAUUUAAAUUUAAUAAAAUUUCUUAAUUUUAUUAAUUCAAUAUUUGCAUGUACUAUUUAAUUAAUUAUAUUUUGAUAAAUUAUCUAGUAAAAAUGAUAAUAAAGAGAAAACUUUAAAUUGCUGAACUGAUAGGAAUAAAAUUUAUUUUUUCUAUAUUUAAAAAAUAAAUUAUUAUUUAAGUAAAUUAUUAUUAUUAAUAUUUAAAUAAAAAUUUAAUGACUUAUUAUUUAAUAAUAAUUCAUAUUAAGAUUAAUCAUUAUGAUUAAUUUAUUUUAUCUAUAAAAAUAAUUUUAAAAUUAUAUAAUAUUAUAUAAUAGUAAAUAAUAUAUGAAUAUAAAAAAAUAAAAAUAAAUUUAAGUUUAUAUUUUUAUAUAAUAUAAUUAUUAUAUAUACUUUUUAAUGUAAUUAGAAAUUUUAUAAUAAUUAAUAAAUUUUAUAAUAAUUAACUAGAAAUUUUAUAAUAAUUAAUAUUUAAAAUUAUUUAUGAAAAUAUAAUAGAAUAUUUAUAUUACUGUAAGGAAAAAUAUAAAAUAAUUUUUUUAUAUAAAAUUUUAUUGUAUGGUAAGUUUAUCUUUAUAUUAUAUAUCUUUUUUAUUUUUAUUAUUCUUGAAAUAUUAUGUAUUUUUUGCAUGAUUAAUAGUAAAAUUAUUAAUUAUUUUAAUAAUUAUGUAAUCUAAUUAAUUAUUUUAAUAAUUAUAAUAUUAAUAAUACCAAUAUAAUAAGUUUAAAUACAUAAUAAAUUUUUAUAUACAAUAAAUUUGAUUUUAUAUUAAUAUUUUAUAUUAAUAUUUACUAAAAUUUAUGCAAAAUAUAUAAAUAACAAAAAAAGUAUAUAAUUUUUAAACAUAUUUAUAUUAUUAUAACAUAUGUUAUAAGUAAUAUAUCUCUAAUUUAUUGUAGGCAGAUGAAGAUCCACCACAUGCCUUCUCACAGAUCUUUGUGUUGAAGCCACUGGGGAAUUCGUUUUUCUGUCAACAUGACAUCUUUCGUCUUGGCAUUCAUGAUAGUGUAUGAAGAGAAAUGUCUGCAAGUUUAUCACAGUUAAUAUAGCAGACAGGUAUCUGAGCUAUGGACUCCACAGAUUAAAAUAAGUGAGCUACUUUUUCCUUAAUAUCCUUUGUCAUCACAUAUUAUUCCAUUCUUUCUAGAUAUUGCAAUUUUUAUAUGAAAAACAUUUGCUUAUAUCUUGGCCAUGAAACAAAAAGAGAGCAUUAAAAAUAAAUACAGUUUAAUAAU